AAAAGGAAAGAAGAGAGAAAUUGAAAGCUAAAAAAAGAAACACUGGAGAGAAAGUACGGUAGUCAUAAGAAAGAAGAAGAAGAAGAAAGAGAAUCAGUCACUGUCUGAACCUCUCUUAUUUUUCUCUCUCUAUAGACUUGGGGGGUGCUUUCUUCGCUGGUCGAUGACCCUUGCUUUGACAUUUCUUUUAAUUACUCUCUUGUUUGUGUAGAAGGUUAGGUGAGAGAGAGUUUUAGUGUACAGCAAAUCCCUAGGGUUCCGAUCGAUGGACAUGUAUGGACGCACUCCUCCAACGGCGAUGAAUGGCUCACAUGCUCCUCCUCAAUGGACCCCAGGAGACGCCGACACCGGACUACUCCUCCAAGAAUCAUCGAUGUGGCGAUUAGGGUUAGGUAGUGAAGCGUACCCGCAGAGAGCAGGUGCUCCUGACUGUGCCUACUACAUGCGCACUGGUGUCUGUGGUUACGGUUCUAGAUGCCGUUUCAACCAUCCUCCCGAUCGUGCCUCGGUUGAAGCAACUGUUAGAGCCACAGGACAGUAUCCUGAACGCCUGGGUGCCCUCCCUUGUCAGUUUUAUUUGAAAACUGGAACCUGUAAAUUUGGGGCUUCAUGCAAAUUCAACCAUCCAAGGAAUGCAGCAGGUGGUUCCAUGACCCACGUUCCUCUCAAUAUCUAUGGCUACCCUGUCCGCCAGGGUGAAAACGAAUGCUCUUACUUUUUGAAAACGGGGCAAUGCAAAUUUGGUAUUACCUGUAAAUUCCAUCAUCCUCACCCUGCUUCUGCUGCUUCUGCAACUGCAACUCUCCCACCUCCAGCUUCUGCACCUCAGUUUUAUUCAUCGGUGCAGCAGCACUCACUUAUGCCUGGACCUCCUUCCUCUAGCUUGAGACCUCUUCUUCCCGGUUCUUAUAUGCAAGGCGCCUACGGUCCAAUGCUAUUAACCACCCCAGGGGUCCUUCCUAUUCAAGCCUGGAAUCCAUACUCGGCACCUGUGAGCCCUGCUCUUUCUCCUGGUGCUCAGCACGCAGCUUCUUUGUAUGGAGUUACACAGCUCUCUUCCACCACUCCCGGGGUCUAUCCAUCAGGUGUUGUUACCCUGAAAGAAGAGAGCUUUCCAGAGAGACCAGCCGAACCAGAGUGCCAGUACUAUUUGAAAACAGGCGAUUGUAAGUUUGGAACAUCAUGCAAGUUUCAUCAUCCUCGAGAUCGGGUUCCACCAAGACCUAAUUGCGACCUCAGCUCCGUUGGUCUUCCUCUACGUCCGGGUGUGCAACGUUGCACUUUCUACGUACAAAACGGCUUCUGUAAGUUUGGAUCAACAUGUAAAUUUGAUCAUCCAGUGGGAACCAUCAGAUACAAUCCUUCUGCAUCCUCCCUCGCUGAUGCACCCGUGGCUCCUUACCCUGUCACCUCUCUCUUGGCCUCUUCUUCUUCUUCCUCUGCUGAGCUCAUUCCGGGGGAUCCUUACUUGUCGGGAUCAAGAAGCACAUCUAACAACAUCUCAGCAGGUUUGAUAUUCUCCCAGAUUGGCGUCUCACUUCCACCAUUCACUGACCUCCAGCUCUCCAGCCAGACCUCUCUUUCCCUUUCCGGUAGCAGAAUCACAAGACAAGGUCGAGAAAUCCGUCGAUCCUUUUGAAAAAUGUGGUUUGCAUCAUCAUUCUUAAUAUUAUUAUUAUUAUGUAGAAGCAUAUGUGAUGUGAGAUUAUAGUCUCCCCUACCUAAAAAAAAGAACAAGUCUAGUUCAUUCAGCAGAAGAACCGAUUGAGAGUCACAUAUAUUUAAGAGGAAAUGUAUAUGUGCAUAUAUCGAAAACAAAACAGGAAAAGGCUCUUUUUAUGUGUGUGUAUAAGGUUUGUAUAGUGAGGUUUCUUUAUAUUGUACGUGCUUCUACUUCAGACCCAUUGCGGCUGAAAGAAAACACUAGAAAAAAAAAAGAAUGAACUCAAAUGCCCUUUUUUUUAUAUGUUCUUUUAUCCUUUCCUUUGUGAAUUGGUGACUUAAAUAUGAUGAUGAACUUUUCAUGUGCUGUA